AUGAUUGGGAGCAUUGUGAUUCAAAAAGAAGUAGAAAAUGAUCAUUGGUCGAGUAGAGGAGCUGGAGCGAAAUACUGGAGCGAGGGGAAGGGAUUAGCUGAGUUGAUUUUUAAGGCUUCAAAGGCUUAUAGAGUGGUUGAUUUCAAGAAGACGUUUGCUCAUGUUUGCAAUAUCAGUCCAGCAAUUGGAAAUUAUCUUAUGGAAACGGAUGUCAAAAAGUGGGCUAGAUGUCAAUUUCAUGGAUACAGGUAUGACAUUAGGACAAACAAUCCUGCAGAGUCGAUAAAUUCUGCGUUGCAUUUGCCGAGAGAGUUUCCCGUAAUUCCUUUGUUGGACAGUAUUAGAGAAAUGCUGACACGCUGGUUUUUUAAGCGUAAGAAGUUGAUUAAGCACACCCAUCGUUUGACCAUAGAUGUGGAGGAAAAGAUCGAUAUGAGAAUCGAAAAGGGGAAAACUUUCGGAGUUUACCCUGUAACCGAUAGCCAGCUACUUUUUAAAGGCGAUACAAUUGACUGCUUUGUUGAUUUGGAAAAACGGACUUGUUCUUGUGGGAAGUACGACCUCUUGAAGAUCCCUUGUAGACACGCAAUAAAAGCCGGUUUCUUUGUUGGAGAGAACCAUAUACAUUGA